GCCAUGACAACGAGUCCGCGCCCCGCGCAAGGCUGCCGCUCGGGCGGGACCCUGGCUGGACCGCGGGCCCCGGCCUGGGGGCACAGCUGCUACCGCCGCCGCCACCUCGUCUCCUCCCCGUCCCCGCCCAGCGUCUCCUCACCUCCCUCGGGUCCGCGGCCGGGGUCCCUCCCCGCCGCCCCAACCCUGCGCGGAUGCCGAAGGUGAAGGCGCUGCAGUGCGCCCUGGCGCUGGAGAUCCGCUGUGUAACUUGCCCAGGAGUGGUGCUGAAAGACAAGGAGGACAUCUAUCUUAGCAUCUGUGUGUUUGGCCAAUACAAAAAGACACAAUGUGUCCCAGCCAGUUUUCCACUGGUCUUCAAUGCCAGAAUGGUGUUUGAAAAGGUGUUCCCUGAAGCAGUAGACCCUGGAGAUGUGGUUGCACAGCUUGAAUAUGAUACAGCAUUGUUUGAGUUGAUUCAGCUAGUUCCGCCAGUGGGUGAAACACUGUCUACAUAUGAUGAGAAUACACGAGAUUUCAUGUUCCCGGGUCCAAAUCAGAUUUCUGGACACCAUGACUCAAACCGCCAGGCUACCAUGAGGAAGAUUUCUGGCCUUCACGGAAUUGCUCCAAAGCUGGAAUUUUCUACAACCUCAGUGAUUACCGAAUGUCUGAUAAGUUCAAGGAAGUGCCACACUCAGGAUAAAUUUAUUCACCAUACGGCUCCAGUUGAAAAAUCACAUGGCAGACUGCAAACCAGAACAUCAAGGUCACAAAAGAAAAACUCCAAAUCACCUGAGAGAAAUAAAUAUUGCAUAAAUGCAAAAAACUACGAACAGCCUACAAUUUCUUCAAAAUCACACUCUCCAUCUCCUUACACAAAAAGACGCAUGUGUGAGCUAUCUGAAGACACUAGGCAGCGGCUGGCGCAUUUAAAUCUGGGGCCCUAUGAAUUCAAAAAAGAAACAGAUAAACCUCCAUUUGUGAUUAGACAUGUUGAUCCCCCAAGUCCCAGGGCUGAUGCUUUAUUUGGAUCUUCUGGCAGAGACUGUGAAAGAAAUGGAUGGUCCAGGCUGCACAAUGAUCAUUCUCAUCUUCGCUGCUACCGACCCAAGGAUUAUAAGGUCAUCAGAACACCUCAUGGGAGAGACUUCUAUGACUCUUUGGAAAGAUAUGAUGACUAUUUGAGUUCAAGGUCACGUAGCAAGCCCCAGCAUUCAUCCAGGACCUCACUCGUUCAUUCAGCACCCUCUACAAUGCCGAAGCAUUCUCCAAGCCCUGUGUUAAAUCGUGCUUCUCUCAGGGAAAGAUUCCAUUCUGACUGGUGUUCACCUUCAAACUGCGAUGAGAUCCAUGACCGGGUAAAGAAUGUCUUGAAAUCACAUCAGGCUCAUCAGAGACAUCUAUAUGAUGAGAGAGACCCAGAGAAAGAAGAUGAACUGGAAUUGAAAAGAGGUCUUUUAUAUAGAGACUCUGCCUAUGACAGUGACCCAGAGUAUAGUUCAUUUCAGCAGCCACGUGGCACUCUCCAUUUGGAUGAUGGCGAAUACUGGUCCAACAGGGCAGCCUCUUAUAAAGGAAAAUCCUACCGACCCAUCUUUGAGAGCAGCAUGGACAAGAUGUACAGGAGCUUAUACAAAAAGGCCUGUAGUUCUGUUUCUCAUACACAGGAAGGCUGCUGAGACCAGUGGUGAUAAACUGUAUGAGUGUCCUUGUCAACUUCUCAAUGAAAACGUUUGAUGUGAUCAGUAUCUGUAUUCCUUUUCUUUUAAACAGGUGGUUCUAAUUGAGUACAGUAGUUAGACUUGAAUAAGUUUAUUACUUCAAAUGAUAAAUUAUCAUGGGCAAACCUUCUUUUUCCAAUCACAGUAAAGAAUGCUACAUUCUAAAAGUCAAAGCUCUGCAACACAAUUACAACCUCCAUUCUGAUUCUGAGAAGGCUGUUCUGUCACAUCUCUCUCAUAUCACCAGCUACAAAUCCAAAAACAGAUUCUCUCUAGAAAUGUUCUUCUGCCUUAAUCACCUUGUAAUUUUCUUUUCACCUACUUGACUGGUUAUCUUGUCUAAGAUUUAAUUAUUAUUAUUAACUCUCUUUUCUUGGUCAUGAGCAAAAAGAUACACUGUACGAAGAUGAAUUUCCCAGGAGUUUAAACCCUGUUUUAACUAGUAUUUUCUACCGUUUGCUCCCUCAGAAAAGGCUAUUGAUAUGUCUUAGCUCCUAAGAUACAGCUUUCUUUUUAAAGUUUCUAUAAUCAUUCACUCCCUCUUCUCUAAAAGAACUACCUAAGUUACUUAAAAUGCUUAACAGUUAGUAGAAAUAGGAAUGGCCAUGGGUGAUCCACAAUGUGCAUAACUGAUUUUUAAAGACAGAAUUUUUUGCAUGAUUUUCUUCUAGAGCCAUAUCUUUGGUGCAUCCAGAAUCAGAAGAUAGCCUUUGUUAAUAAGCCUGUAGAGACUCAGAAAGAAUAAGGGACUUAUAUUGUAAUUCCAUCUCUUUAGAGUUUUCAUAGGUAUCAAAUAGCCCAAGAAAGUAGCAUCCUUACUUUAAAGGACACUUGGAACCAUAAAGUGGAGGAAAAUAUUAGAGCGUAACUCUUUGUACCAGAAAGUUGUUAGUUGAGAAAAUUAGCUUCUCCCCCACGCCCCAAACACACCUAUGAGGCCAGUGAGGCUUUGAAGAUAUGAAGAAAUCAGUUACCUUGUAUUCACCAGAGUGAGUGGAAGAAAAGCAGAGAAUAGGACAUGGUAAACUUGGCUUAUAAACUUAAAGAGUUGACUACAAGGUAAUGUUUUCUCAUUGACUCCAUCUUUGGUUAAUUUUAUAGUUAUGAUCUUAAAAGAAAAAACUUGAGUUAAACUCUAUUUAAAUUGGAAUCAGCAUGUAAAAUUGGGUGAUUUAUUUUUGUAAUAGGAGAAAAUACAUAAUACUUGUUAUCCAGUAAUAAGACUUUUUUACUUUGUGUUUGAGUGUUUUAUCUGUGGCAAUCUGCAAGGUAUUGGCAAGCACAUCAGAGAUAGGAGCCAGGUGUCCUAGGCUUUAGAUCUCUGGUCCUUAGUUUCCUCAGUUAUCAAAUGGAGAGAAUGGAGUAGGUCAGCAUUUCCUGAACCAUGUUCUGUAGACCACUGUUCUAGGAGAUGGCUAUAGGAAAUAUAAGUAUUUCAUUGGUCAUGUAAGUUUAGGAAAAAUCUAUGCACUAUAUUCACACCCCUCAAACUUAGAGAGUCGUGCGUAGGAUAACAGGAGUGAAAGGGGGUCUACUGAUGCUGAGAAAACAGUGGUAAACUGGAGCUGUCCGGGCAAACUACAUGUGGUCAUCUUAGUCAUAGUAAACAGUAGCACGUUAGAGGCUCUAAGAAAUCCUGGCAUAAAUAUGUUUUGCUCUAACGUCUAGAAGAAAGUCUGACACAUAGUUGGUGCUCAUUAAAUAUUUAUUGAAUUAACCCAGAAUUUCCUAAACUAAAUUGAGUGUGUAACAAUAUUUGUUGUUAUGGUUAUCUUUCCCCUCCCAUUCUGCUCCCCCAACUCCCCGUACUUCCUCUGAAAUGCCAUCUGCAGGUACAUGUGGACACAGUCAGGGAAAUACUGGACUACACAAUCACUGAGCUACCCUCUGGCUAUAAGUUGUAUGUUGAUGUUUUGUAUAAGCUUUUGAAGGUCAACAUUGAAUGAUGGUUUUUUAAAAAAAUCAUAUGUUCAACGAAACUUAGUAUUUUUUCCCCUUUGGUAGAAACAAAUGAAAAAUUCCUCCCUUUAAAAGUUGCUUCUGGUGAAAAGAACAAAUAUGAACUUUAAAGAAAAUAUUUGCUCUCAUAGAAAAUCUCCUGAGUGAAUAAGUAUCACAAAAAUUACUUAUUGUACCUAUAUUUGCCAUUGUCAUACAAAGGCCACCAAAAAAAUGGGUCUCAAAGGGGAACUUUAGAAAGUGUUAAUUUGAAAGACAUUUUCCUAUGGAUUAAAUUUGACAUCUCUGUGAAGGAUCGGAUGUAAAUUUCCACAUAUGUAGCAUCUUUGCUAAGUGUCUAUUUCCAUUCCCUAGGGGAAAGAGUGGUUUUUGUUGCUAUCCUUAACUAUUACUGUGAAUUCUUAUGUUGUAUUAUCUUUUAAGAGUAAAACCUUUAAGUACUAAUAGUUGCCUUUUCUCAUUGAAAGAAUCAGAAAGGUGCAGUAGUUUUUUCUCUUAAUCUUUUUUUAAUAUCCCCUAAAAUCUAGUAAUAGUUACUAGGCUUAAUAUGAAAGAUAAAUAGGUCUGUCCUUUUCUUUUUAAUGUAACUUUUCCUUUAAGUUAAAAAAAAAAAAAGAACCCGGGAACUUUAGGAAGGAAAAUAUUAAUUCAACUAAGAAAAAAGAUGAAUCAUUGGACUGAGACUGAGUUCUCCCUGGUUUCACUACUAGUUGUAUAACUUUGUUUAAAUCAUUUAUCCUUCUUGGAGCUCAGUUUUCUUACCUGUAAGGUGAGGAAGGGGUUAAUUUAGAAUGACCUUUUAAUGUUCCAACAUUUUUCUAGUUCUAUAAUUGAUCAAUAUAGAAGAUUAGGAAGUUCUAGGCAGCAGAGUUGUGUUGUGAUUUCAAAGAUAAAGCCCUUGAUUAAAAAUCUGGACCAAAUGGAGAAUUCUCAUUAUUGUGUUCAUUUUCUAAUAAUAAGUUUUUUGAGAUAGUUAAUAUACUACAGAAUUCACCCUUUAAAAGUAUACAGUUGAGUGGUUUUUAGUAUAUUCACAGAGUUGUGCAACUGUAACCACUAGCUAUGUAUAAAAUAUUUCAUCACUCCAGAAGGAAAUCCUGUACCCAUUAGCAAUCACUCCUCAUUCCCUUCUCCCCUCAGCUCCUGGCAACCACUAAUCUACUUUCUGUUUCUAUGCUUAUUCUGGACAUUUCAUAUAAGUGGGAUUAUAUAAUAUGUGACUUUUGUGUCUGGCUUCUUUCACGUAGUAUAAGGUUUUCGGAACUCAUCCCUGUUGUAACAUGUAUCAGUACUUCAUUUCUUUUUAUUACUAAAAAAUAAUCCAUUGUAUGGAUAUAUCACAUUUUAUUAAUCCAUUCAGGUGGGCAUUUCAUUGUUCCCACUUUGGGGAUAUUAUGAAAAAUGCUGGUACUAUUAACAUUUGUGAACUUUGUGAAGACAUAUCUUUUUAUUUCUCUUGAGUAUACACUUAGGAGUGGAAUUGUUGGAUCAUAUGGAAACUCUAUGUUUAACAUUUUGAAGAACUGCCAAACUGUUUUCCAAAGUGACUCAACCAUUUUACAAUUAUUAUGUUUAUUUUUAUCUUACCUUAGGAACUUAGGCUAGUUACACAUUCAAGCACUCAUUCACCCAUUUAUCACAUAUUUAUUGAGCACUGUGUUAGAUAUAGAGUAUAAAAUUUUUUAAUGUAUCUUUCCACAAGCAUGCAGAUUCUAUUGAGAGAGACAAAUAACAGUGUAUUUCAACAUUUACAGUGGUUUGGUAACUUCUAUGAUACAAGAAUGCAAGAAUGAGGAUAGGGCAUGGUAGCUUGAUGCAACAGAACCUGCAAAAGUGGGAAAAUGGGAGAGAGCAUGAUUGUUCAGGAAGCUCCAAGUGCUUUAGCUGGAGAUUAUGUGCAAGGUUGCAAACGCUUUGGUGGGACAGUUAAGAGGACCACAAAGUGAACAACAGGCCUGGAGCAGCAUUAGAUGUGGUAACUUUUGAGCUGGACAUUGAAAGAUGGGAAGGACUUUUGUGUAUAGGAAACCAAGAUGGAAUAAACUCAAUAUUGAUCAGCUUUUAUGAGGGUGGAGGUGGGAUUGAGGAAAAUGUCCAGUAAUCAGUUAAAGAUCUAGAACUUGGGAGAACUCAAGAAUACAAAAUGGAUUUUUGAAGUCAGAUCAAAAUAAUGAAUUCAGAUCAAAAUAAACAAAAGCUCUAUGUUGUUCAUGUCCUAAUUUGUAUGUGACCAUAAUAGGUGCCCUGAGAGUAGUGGAACCCAAGUAAUUGUACUUUUUACUUAUUACUGAGGCCAUUGUGGUAGUGAGUUAGUUUGAGGGCCCCCUUUUAGAAAUUAAGAAAGAUAUUCUCCUCCCAAUCCCAGAUUAUCUAACUAGCUAGAAAUUUAUGUACAAAAUGAAGAGGUAAGAGGGAAAAGCAAACUUUCUGUUAUUGAGUUACGAGAGUAUUAUUUAUCUCUGAAUGAUGUACUUUGAGUUUAGUUAUAUGAAAUUCCUUAGACAGCCAGAACUUGUGACUAUUCACCCAUUUAACAAAUAUUAUUGAAGGUCUACUCAGAUUCAGGCAAUCUGCAAGGCACUGACUGACAUCUAGAGAUAAACAUAAACCUGUUUACAUAGUUCCUGACCCUAGUUUGUGGGAGGAGACUGACAUUUACUUAUUAACGGUGAGAGAAGUACUAUAAUAGAUAGAAAUGCUAUAAGGUUUGCAAAUAUUUUCUCCUAUUCCAUUGGUCGUCUUUUCAUUCUGUUGAUUGUUUUCUUUGCUGUGCAGAACCUUUUUAAUUUGAUGUCGUUCCACUUUGUCUAUUUUUGCUUUUGUUACCUUUGCUUUUAGUGUCAUAUCCAAGAAGUCAUUGCCAAGACCAAUGUCAAGAAGAUGUACCCCUAUAUUUUCUAUAGGAGUUUUACAGUUUCAGGUCUUAUGUUUAAAUCUUUAAUCCACGUUGACUUGAUUUUUAUAUAUGGUAUAAGGUAAGGGUCCAAUUUCUUUUUUUAUCUUUUUUUUGCAUGUUGAUACUACAAUUUUCCAAACACCACUUGUUGAAGAGACAAUUUUUCCCCAUUGUAUGUUCUUGGCACCCUUGUCAAAGAUCAGUUGACUGUAUGUUUUACUUUAUUUCUGGGCUCUCUGUUCUGUUCCAUUGCUAUUUGUCUGUCUUUAUGCCAGUACCAUACUGUUUUAAUUACUAUGGGUUUGUAAUUUAGUUUGAAAUCAGGACUGUGAUGCCUCCAGCUUUUUUGUUCUUUCUUAAGAUCACUUUGGUUAUUCUGAGUCUUUUGUGGUUCUGUAUGAUUUUAUGAUUGUUUUUUCUAUUUCUAUAAAAAAUGUCAUUGGAUUUUGAUGGGCAUAACAAUGAAUCUGUAUAUCACUUUGGGUAGUGGACAUUUUAACAAGCCACAUGGUAACCACAAAAAAAAAACCCAAAAACAUAAAGAAGAUACACAAAAUAAAAAAAGAAAGGAAUCAAAGAAUGUCACUGUAAAAAAAUCAACAAAGCACAAAGGAAGACAGCAAGAGAGGAAUAGAGGAACAAAGUAAAUAUAAAACAGAAAACAACAAAAUGGCAAAAGUAAGUCCUUUCCUAUCAAUGAUUACCUUAAACAUAAAUUAAUUAAACUCUCCAGUCAAAAGACAUAGAGUAGCUGAAUGAAUAAUAAAACAAGAUCCAACUAUAUGCUGUCUACAGGAAACUCACUUUAUAUUUAAGAACACACAUAGACUAAAAAUGAAGGAAUGGAAAAACACUAUUCCAUGCAAAUAGUAAACAAGACAGCAUAGGUGCCUAUAUUAAUUUCAGAAAAAAUAGACUUUAAGUGUCAGAAGCAUCACUACAUUUCUGUUGCAGUAUAAGUUUAAAUAAGUUUAGCUUUCUGAGUUUAUGACAUAGUUCAGAAAUAAGGUGAGAGAAAAUCUUUAAUGACUUUGAAUAUAUGUAAUAGAAUUGAGAUUAAGUGUAUCCUAUUAGAGGCUUACUUUUAUCAGUGAAAGUCAUUUUUCACUGGAGUUUUUGUGUGUUUGUUUUUUUAGUAAAAUUAGUGAUAUAAGCAAAUAAAAUGAUGAAGGAUUUAUGUAUAUAUGUUUUCAGAAAGUUCUAUUUCUAGGGCAUUGACAACAACAUUGAACAGUAGAAAAAGCACUUUCUUCACAACUUUUCUGAACCUUAUUUUUUUUACCUGUGAAAAAGGAUAUUAAUAAACACUGCCCCUCCGUUUCUCAUAGAGUAUUAAGAUUAAAUAGGAAAGUAAAUGUGGACAUUUUUCUACAUAUAUUAGGCACUAUCCUAAUUACUUUUUGGAAGUGAUCUGGGAAAAGAAAUUUGCAGUUUGAAAAAUAUUCCAUCUGGCAUAAUAGCAAUACUGUUGUUUGUAGAGUUGAACAGACCUCAUAUUUCUUUCUCUGUUUCCUUGUCACCUCUGUGUUACUUAACGUUUCUGAACUUGUUUUCUCACUUGUAAAAUGGAAGCUAUUUUCAUAGGUUUCUUGUGAUCAUUUAAAGAGUUAAUGCAUGUGGAACAUGUUGUACAAUGCAUGGUGCUCGAUAAAGGGUAACUGUAAUAACUGAAAUUCCAAGUCAAUAUAGAGUGAUAUUCUGAAAGAUCUUGAGGAUCUGAUAGGAGGAAAAAAAUGGAAUAAAUGUAAAAAUUUUUUCAAAAUUAUUUUAAGACACAAGACCAAAUAAUUCAGAUUUUUUUGGUAUGGCUCUUAAAUUUACUAGUUAUUUAGUUUAUGUAGGUUGUAUAGUAUUAUGAGAAGAGUCAUAUACCUGGGUUUGUAUUCUAUACUGUGGUGCUGUCUGGAGAUAUCAGACCUUAAUUUUAUUAUUUAUAAAAUGAGAAUGAUACCUACCUAGGUUGGUUACUAUGAAGAACAUAUUAGGUAAAUGAUGCAAAGUGACUAGCAUUGUACCUGAAAAAUAGUAGAUGCUUAAAAUUGAUUUAAUACCCUUUCCCUUUCAUUAGUUUCAUCAUUUUGUGCAUAAAUCCACGCAGGCAUAGACAGCUACCUUAGCAUCAUUAUUUUUACUAUAAUAUUUAAAAUCCUGUUAACCUUGUAUAUGUUGUGCACUUCGGUAGAGGUUUUACAUAGAUUUUACAAGUGAAACUAAACACAUGACUUUAGUUUUUGAGAAUAUUGUCCACUUCAACUUUCUUUGUGACUUAUCUCACUUGUCAAUGUAUUAUUAUUAUUAUUAUUUUGCAUUACGCGGGCCUCUCACUGUUGUGGCCUCUCCCGUCGCGGAGCACAGGCUCCGGACGCGCAGGCUCAGCGGCCAUGGCUCACGGGCCCAGCCGCUCCGCGGCACGUGGGAUCUUCCCGGACCGGGGCACGAACCCGUGUCCCCUGCAUCAGCAGGCGGACUCUCAACCACUGCGCCACCAGGGAAGCCCCAAGGUAUUAUUUUUAAAACAAAAAUAAAUUUAGUUUGAGGGUAUGUCCUAUUAACCAGUUUUGAUAGUAGGAAGUUUAUUUUGUCCUUCGUUUAUUUUGGAUUUAGCACAGUUAUGUUUUGUAAAUUAACCAUAUCCUUUUGAUUUGGGGGAUGUUAGAGGAAGAAGUUAAAGUAAAUCACCCUAAUUCAAUAGAAGUAACCCUGGAUCAUCUCAGCCAGAUGCACAUCCCUGCACGUCUUAAGAAUUUAUAAUAAUGUGAUUGAGCGAUCACGUUUUUCAGAAAACUAUACUGUUUGACACUAGUCACAGAGAUAUAUGUAUGUGUGUGUGUGUGUGUGUUUGUGUGUGUGUGUGUGUGUGUGUACUUACAUACAUACACACAUGCACACAAAACUUUUUUUAAAUAGACUAAGGUUUACCAGGUAAUUUUUUAGAAGUCUUAAAUUUUAAAAAUGUUAAUUACAAAAAUUUUCUUUAGCAAUCUCAACCUAAGAUAUACAUAAAAUAAAUUUUAAAAUAUAUUUACAUGUUUUUGGAAAUUGCUGGCUAAUGAGUAUUAUAUUUUAGUUAUUGCAUCUUGCCGCAUAUAAAUUAUUCACUGCUCAGAAAAAUAGCCUAGGGGUUAAAUACACAGCCUCUGGAGUCACACUGCUAGAUUCCAAUCACACUUCAACCACUUAAUAACUGUGUGACCUUAGACAAAUUACCUGAUUUAUUUGUUUCUAGUUUUGUCAUCUAUAAAAUGAAGAUACUAUUACCAAUCCCAUGGGGUCAUUAUGAAUAUUAAAUUAGUUAACAAAUAGAAAGUGCUUAAAACAAGGCCUUGAACGUGGCAAGGGCUGUAUAAACAAUAUGAUUUACUACAGUUAUUAUUGUUGUUGUUAUUGUGACAUAGCUCACUGAUUAUCUGUUGGACUCAUCCGAGACAUGUAUGUUUUCUGAAACAGUUAUUAUAGCCCCCUUUUCCCCAUUUAUAAUAAUAUUCUGUUGCUAAAUAAAAAACUAUAUUUGAAAGGAAUCUACCACUCAAGAAGAACGUGUUAAAAAUAUUGCACAUUUUCCUGGAGGAUAGAAAAAAUAUUCUAUCUUGACUCUCCUUUGUGGCCGAGCAGUUGUUCACUUAUGAUACAUUCCUACAGCUAUGCAGCAUAAAGAAUGUGUUUUGGCAUAGAAACUGCAUAAUUUGGAGAGUUUUUUGUUGAUAAUCUUAAACAAAAACAGUCAAACUAAUUUCAGUUCCACUGUAAACCCAGGGGGGUAAUUGUUUUUGCUAAAUGAGAGAAAAGAUACCAGCUUUUGAAUUAGAAAGUAUUUUCAAGUGUUUAUGUUGCGAAAAUGGAAGAAAAAGAACAUUUGACUUCAGUGAAUUUUUAUCCACCAAACAUUUAGAAAAACUAUUUCCACUAAACUUUUAUGAUAAAUAAUAACUUGUAUUUCUCCAUACAUGUUUGUGAAUUAGGUAGGGCAGGGGUUAUAGUGCUACACUUUUACAAAUGGGAAAACUCCAAUUUGGGUUAAAUGUCUCUUGCAGGUCACACAGUAGGGGGUAUAAGUGGCUGAAUGAGGACUUAAACCCGUAUAUUAGUAUUUUCUCAUAAAUAUUCUAUUGAACUUUUUCCUACUAUUGCUUGAUUUUUCUUAAGUAUUGGAUUUCAUAUUGGAUUUUAAGAGACGAUACUUGAUUCUCAGUGAUAGAUCACUUCUAUAUAUGGAGGAGGCUUAUUUUCCAUUAUUCAGGCUUUUUGAUAUGUUUGUAAAUAGCUCCAACCAUUUGUUUUUCCUUCUCCCGGCUCUGUCCCUACUUGUUGGCCAAUUCACCCACUUAUGAACAUACCUCCAGUCCAUUGAACAGUGAGGGAAAUUAAACUAGCCAGCUUAUAACUAGUUAGCAGCUCUACUAGGAAGGUUUAGUAAUAAAGAGUUCCAUGGGAUUUAAAGAAUUCAGCGAUCUAGUUACCACAAAUAAUUGGAAAUUGUCAUAAUUUGGAAGUAACUUUUCCUCAGGCAUAGGAUGCAGAUGCAGAGUACCUGAGACGUACGUAACAUUCAUCUCAUUAGUGGAACGUGCAUGACUAUGUACCAUCCCGAUCUAAAGCUGGUAAAGAUUUUGGUUGUGUUCCAGUUCAGUAUUUCCAAAUCCUGACUGAUGAGAAUCACUUAGGAAGCAGUUAAAAAUAGUUUCCUCAUCUCAGCCUCUGGAGAUCCUGAUGCAGUAAAUUUAACCUUUUUAAAGAGUCUUUAAGAGUUUUUGAGCCUCUCUAGGUGAUUGUGAUGUUUGCCCAGUUUGGUGAACCAUGAGUCUGUCACCUCUUCAUGGCUUCCUCUCUCUUAAGGAGAAAGAAGGCCUUUUUUCAGCUGGUUUAAAUUUCUCCUUCUUAAAAUGUUAUCAUUUUGUUAACCUCUUCAUCAUCUGAAUGUUUUUGUAUUGUAGGCACAAAAUACCUUGAGCUCCAAGAAGGUUUAUGGCUGUCUCUUGAUUUCCAUGUGAAUUACAUACCUCUGGGGGUAUCGGUGGCUAACCUUUAAAUACCAGGUUUUUUUCUCCCUUCAUCUAAACUCGUAUCAAGUUUAUACAUUUAUACAUUAUCAAGCUCAUACAUUUAUUUAUGCAUUCAUUAAGCAAACAUCAAGUACCUAUUAUGAACUAAAUAUUGUGAGUGGCAUUGGGCAAAUAUAAAAUAAAUAUGUCCUGACCUCUCACAGACACAUUAUAAUACAGUCUGUUAUAAAAUGUUUAUUGCGGAUAUAUAUAUAUAAACAAAUACAUAUAUUAUAAAUAUAUAAUACAAGUAAAUAUAUGAAGGAGAUGUUUGGGUGGGUUCUUUAGGAGCAUGGAAGAGGGAAGCAACCACGUCCUUAAUGUGUGAAGGAAGGCAUCACAAAGGAAUCAGUCUCUCAUCUUGAUCUUAAUGGAUGAUUUUAUCAGAAGAGGAGGGGCAGGGCAUCGGAGCUGGCGUGGGCAUGAAAGAAGCACAGCAUCUUCAGGGAACUGCAAGGAGUUCACUGGUUAGAGUACAAGGGUGCAGGGUGAAAUGGGGGCCCAAGAUAAGGGGGGAUGUAUGUUGGAAUUACAUCAAGGCACUUCUUCAUAUGCCAAACUAUAGAAUUUGAAUUCUGUCCUCAAACCAAAAAAAAAAUAUUUAGGGGCUCAAGUAAUGCCAUUUCGUCCUCAUAAUAUCAUUAGCAGAUAUAUUUGACACCCCAAAGGUCAUAUUAAGACCAAAGGUAAGAGUUUUGUAGCCUGUGUUUCUCCAGCCAUUUUCCAUCUUUCGACAUAUUUAUUGAGCUCCAAGAAGGAGCUCCAUGUGCAAGUGCAUGUCAAACACUUUGGAUAACAUAAAAAAUACUUCUUAAAUGUUCUCACGGAAUCUUCAGUCUAAUUUAGCAGAUGACAUAAAUACUUGAAAAGACCACAGUAAAGAGAUAGGAAUCUAUAAUUACUGAAGAGUCAGUGAGUAAUAAGGGCUCAAAAGAUGGAGAGAACUAGUCAUUUGUCUGAAAAGGCUUCAUGAAUACGGAGGAAGGAUAUGAGUUCAGUCUGCAGCAUGGGUUGGGUUAGAAUAGCUAGGAAAAGAGAAAAGUAAGUGGAAAAAAUUUGAGCAGUGGCAUAAAGGUGUGGAAAUAAGGGUUCACGAAGUGUGUUUGAGGACAGCAAGUUGAUCACUUGCCUGGAUAGAGUUUCACGUAGGGAAGGAGCAUUGACGAUAAGUAAAUACAGCUUCAAAAUGAAAUGAAACCUUUAGAAAACCUCGUAAGAAAGGCUAUUCCUGAAUUUGCUUUUGAUCCAACUUAAAGAUAUCAAAUAAAACUCAAACCGCAGCUGAACUUUAAAAAAUAAAUAUUUUGUAAUAGAAGAGUAUUUCCUGGCAUUAAGAUACUUUCAAACACUAAAAUCAUUGCCAGAGAUUUUCCAGCUUAAACUCAGUUGUUUAAAUGCAUUGGAAAGAGCUUUAGAUAGCUUUCUAUGUUUGGUUUAGACUUUUUUUUUUAAUGCCUAUAGGUCAUUUUUUUUAAUUAUUUAUUUAUGGCUGUGUUGGGUCUUCGUUUCUGUGUGAGGGCUUUCUCUAGUUGUGGCAAGUGGGGGCCACUCUUCAUCGCGGUGCGCGGGCCUCUCACUAUCGCGGCCUCUCUUGUUGCGGAGCACAGGCUCCAGACGUGCAG